AUGGCAGGAAGUUCACAGUGUGAUGAUUGGAAGGGACACUCAUUUGGAGCACAAUUACCUUACUCUGGGGAUAUCUCUGACUUGAGUCAACAAGUGUGGAUCCUUCAAGGUGACGUUCUUGUGGCAGUUCCUCGGAGAGCGGACAUGACUCCAGUUACCAUCACUUUCCUCCCAUGCAAGUAUCCCGAGUCUCUUGAACAAGACAAAGGGACUCCCAUUUACAUGGGAAUAAAGGAACCAGAAAAGUGUUUGUCUUGUGAGGACAUGGAGGGUCAGCCCACCCUAAAACUGAAGGAAGAGAAGAUUGUAGAUCUGUACAAUCAAGAGGGGCCCGUGAAACCCUUCCUCUUCUACCACAGUAAGAUCGGCAGGACCUCCACCUUCGAAUCUGUGGCUUUCCCUGGCUGGUUCAUUGCUUCUUCCUCGGAUCAAAGCCAGCCCAUCUUUCUCACCUCAGAGCAGGGGAAGACACACAAUACUGCUUUUGAUUUAUCGCUCCAGUCUUGAACUCAGCCUGAAGGUGGCAGCUGGUUCAGCCAUCUCUGUGUUCAGUGUUCUCAUUCCCAGUGUGUUUCCUCAUGUUGUCUCAAUGCCAUUCACUUGUCUUCAGUGCUAAGAUGUGAGCAGGGCCCCUGUUAUGUUAUUUUGUGAAUAAAGAAGCAAUGAUGUCAUAGUAACUGAGGAGCAGAGUAUGGACUCAGAAACAGAAGCGGUGACAUGGCAUCAGCUCUGCUCUCCAGAUGAUGUUAGCCCC